AUGGACCCUUCACUUCUUGACGAUAUUAUCAACCGUCUUCUCGAGGUCCGUGGCCGCGUCGGCAAGCAGGUUCAGUUGUCCGAGUCCGAGAUCCGACUACUCUGUCAAGUUUCUAGAGAGAUUUUCUUACAGCAGCCUAAUUUGUUGGAGCUUGAAGCGCCUAUCAAGAUUUGUGGUGACAUACAUGGGCAAUAUUCUGAUCUAUUAAGGCUUUUCGAAUAUGGUGGGUUGCCGCCUCAUGCUAACUACCUGUUUUUGGGGGAUUAUGUUGAUCGAGGCAAGCAAAGUAUUGAAACAAUAUGUCUUCUCCUGGCUUAUAAAAUAAAAUACCCAGAGAAUUUUUUCAUAUUGAGAGGGAACCAUGAAUGUGCUUCUAUAAACCGAAUAUACGGCUUUUAUGAUGAGUGUAAAAGAAGAUUUAAUGUUAGGAUAUGGAAGACAUUCACAGAUUGCUUUAACUGCCUGCCCGUGGCAGCUCUUAUUGAUGAAAAAAUUCUCUGCAUGCAUGGAGGUUUGUCUCCUGACCUGACUCAUUUGGAUAGAAUUAGAAAUAUGUCAAGACCAACCGAUGUACCGGACACGGGUUUGCUCUGUGAUCUUCUAUGGUCUGAUCCUAGUAAAGAUGUUCAAGGUUGGGGAAUGAACGACAGGGGUGUUUCGUUUACUUUUGGUGCUGACAAGGUGACGGAGUUUCUUCAGAAGCAUGAUUUGGAUCUCAUUUGUCGUGCACAUCAGGUUGUGGAGGAUGGAUAUGAGUUCUUCGCAAAUCGUCAACUUGUAACUAUUUUUUCAGCACCUAAUUACUGUGGGGAGUUCGAUAAUGCUGGUGCUAUGAUGAGUGUGGAUGAGACGCUUAUGUGUUCAUUUCAAAUACUAAAGCCCGCAGAUAAGAAGCCUAAGGCGACUUUUGGAAGCACUACUACCACAAAACCUGGAAACCCUCCAGCAGGGGUUAAGGCCUUCCUUGGUUCAAAAUGAUGAUUUGGUGAGGGAGGCACCUAAAAAGGAGGGCUUUUGCGGCCAGUUGAGUCUACAAAACUUGGAAGUUUUAACUUCUGGAGGAAACUAUAGGAGGAUUGAUCACUUGAUUCUAAACUUGAAUGUUGAAAAUUGUAUAAAAGAAAUUCAAAAUGAUUACAAAUACUGUUUUCCUCGAUGCAAAUUUUCAGUUAUCGAAGAUGGUAGGCUGCAAAAGCCUGCCUUUCUUCCUUGUACACUAGUUGGCAGCGCCAUCGGUGUUAUCAGUGCUACAAGUUUUUACUGCAUGUGUUGUUGCCUAUUUAGAUAUGUUUCUCAUAUUUCUUUCUUGA